AUGCGGGGUUUGGGUUUCGUUAAUUCAAAUUGUUUUUUUGUGGAUGCUGUUGAUGCAGCUGGUGGGUUAGUUGUAGCUUGGUCCCCCGGAGUUGAUGCUUUGGUGUUUUAUCAUUCAAAUUUCUGUAUUUGUUCCCGGAUUAAUGAAUUGAAUUUCUCUUAUAUUGUGGUUUCGGUCUACAUUAGUUGUAAUGUCACGAUCAGAGCUUCCCAAUUGGCUCAGCUUCAGGAACUAUGUGCAACCUUCCCAAUUCCUUAUGUAGUUAUUGGUGAUUUUAAUACAACCCUCUAUGAGUGUGAAAAGGAUGGUGGGAACCCUUGGAAUGCCUCUCAGGCUAUUAGCCUGCGGGACUUUGUUCAUGAUCUGGGGCUCCACGACCCAGGGUUCCUUGGGGAGCAAUUCACCUGGACGAAUAAGAGGAUGGGAGCGGCUUGUAUUCGUGAACGUCUGGAUAGAUCCCUUUGUUCCCAGUCCUGGAUGGACCGUUUCCCGGAGACUUUGGUUAAACAUUUUACGGACCAAGGGUCGGAUCAUCGGGCUCUCCUUCUCUCUGAUAAACCUUAUGCUAGAAAUUGCCGCCCUCUCUUUAGGUUCGAUGCCCGUUGGGCGGAUAAUCCUGAAGUCAGAGCGAUGGUUAAUUAUGUCUGGAAGGAAGAUGUUCAGGGAACUCCUAUGUUUCGCCUUUGGGAACGCCUGAAAAAAUUGCGACACCUGUUAUAUGAUUGGAGUAGAGCUGGCACCACCAACUCCUUAUGGAAUAUUAAUACUCUUCAGGGUGAAAUUGAGCGGAUUAAAGCUGCCCAUCCAAUUGAUUGGGAGGCGAUCCGGCUUUUGGAAACAGAAUUGAAUCGGCAGUGGGAGGCGGAGGAGUUAUACUGGCAACAGAAGUCCAGGGUCAACUGGCUAAAAAAGGGUGACAAGAAUUCUUCGUAUUUUCAUACAGUGACCAGGACUCAUCGUAAAAAGAAUUUUGUGGAAGGGCUUCGGACGGAUGACGGGGUGUGGAUCACAGAUGAACCAGGAAAAGCUGGAAUGGCAAUUUCCUUUUGUCAACACCUAUUUACCACGGAAAACCAAGUGGCCAACAUGGCUGAGCGGGUGGCUGGGUUACCAAUUGCCCAGAGUGUCACUCCAGCUAUGAAUGACACCCUAACAGCUGCGGUGCUCCCGAGUGAGGUGCAAAAAACUGUCUUUGCCAUGGGAUCUAAACAGGCUCCUGGAUCGGACGACUUCACUGGGAAAUUUUUUAAGGCCUUUUGGGAUGUCGUGGGUAGCUCGGUUAUCGAUGCAGUCUGCUCCUUCUUUGCUACGAGUAGGAUGCUGCGUAGUUUCAACCAUACUUGGCUCACAUUGAUACCGAAGGUGGAGACUGUGGAAAAUAUGAGGCAAUUACGGCCAAUCAGCUUAUGUCAGUUUGUCUAUAAAGUUAUCACUAAGAUCAUGGCGGAAAGGUUGGCCUGCAUUCUGUCGCAAAUCAUCUCAGAAGGUCAGAAUGCAUUCAUACGAGAACGUCAAAUUGUGGAUAAUGUUCUUCUGGGACAUGAAUUAAUGCACUACUUGAAAAUUAAAACGCGAGGCAAGAAAGGAUACAUGGCCCUAAAGGUUGACAUGGAAAAGGCCUAUAAUAGGGUCGAAUGGUCCUUUCUUCUCGCUGUUCUAGACAAGAUGGGCUUUAACUCCGUCUGGCAAGGAUGGAUUCAUGAGUGUCUCAGGUCAUCAUCGUUCUCAGUCCUUAUGAAUGGGUCUCCGUCGGGUUUCUUUUCCCCCUCCAGAGGGCUGCGACAAGGAGAUCCCCUCUCCCCGCUCCUCUUUCUGUUGUGUACGGAAGGUUUUUCGGCCCUGCUUCGCAAGGCUAUUACUGAGAAUAAACUGGAGGGUAUAAAGGUGGCUCCUCGGGCCCCAAGGAUCUCGCACUUGUUCUUUGCGGAUGAUUCAUACUUAUUUUUACGUGGUACCCUUCAGGAGUGUGAAAAUCUGAUGGUGGUCCUGAAUGAGUAUGAAGAAUUAAGUGGACAGAAGGUGAACUUGGCUAAAUCGGCGGUGUGCUUCAGUAAUAAUAUAGUGCGGGAAGACCAGGAGUUCCUUGCGGCAAUUCUGGGGGUGGGGGCGGUGGGUGUCCAUGACAAAUAUCUGGGCUUACCGACUCUGAUUGCUCGAUCUAAAACGGCGACUUUCCGGUUCUUGGAGGAAAAGUUGUUAGAGCGCCUCCAGGGGUGGAAGUAG